UGAGCACAUCGCAAAUUUCGCGCGUUCUCCGCAGUUGCCGUUUUGUUGUCAGUUCGUGCGCUCGCGCUUCGGUCCGCCGUUCGCGUUGUCGGAAAAAAUUAAUUUGAAGAUGUAAAUCGCUGAGGAUAUCUAUCAACUCCACCAGCAACACAACCAAAGAGGCUCCUCGAGCGGCCCCUGAAAACCAAAGACUAAGUGCCUAGAGCAUAGAGAGGUUGCCUUUUACAACCUCCAAGUGAGACAACCUACAUAUAUAAGACAAGCAAUGACUGCCAAUAGCCUAUUGGGACGCUCCUUACUCAAUGAAGGACGCUCCAACAAACGUUCGUUAGUCUCACUGAUUGUCGGCCUGGUCGUUGGCUUCUGCCUGGCCGAGCUGUUUGUCUACUCAUCCACGCCGGAACGUGGCGAGUUUGCGCCCUACGACGGCCAUCGGCACGGCGAUGUCAACGACGCCCAUCACAGUCACGACAUGCUGGAGCUGUCCGGCCCCGAACAGGAUAUCGGCACGCACGAGCACUCAAAUGAGAACACAAGUAUUGCCGAGAAAUUGCAUAGCGAAGUGCGCAUUCUCUGCUGGAUUAUGACAAAUCCCUCCAAUCACAAGAAGAAGGCGCGCCACGUGAAACGCACCUGGGGCAAGCGAUGUAAUAAGCUGAUCUUCAUGAGCUCAGCCAAGGAUGAGGAACUGGAUUCUGUGGCCCUGCCCAUAGGCGAGGGGCGCAACAAUCUCUGGGGCAAAACGAAAGAGGCCUACAAAUAUAUCUAUGAGCACCAUAUCAACGAUGCGGACUGGUUUCUUAAGGCUGACGACGAUACCUACACGAUCGUCGAGAAUAUGCGCUAUAUGCUAUAUCCCUAUAACCCAGAGACGCCCGUCUACUUCGGCUGCAAGUUUAAGCCAUAUGUCAAGCAGGGCUAUAUGUCUGGUGGAGCUGGAUAUGUGCUCAGUCGCGAGGCAGUGCGUCGCUUUGUGGUGGAAGCGCUGCCCAAUCCCAAGCUAUGCAAACAGGAUAACACCGGUGCUGAGGAUGUUGAGAUAGGCAAAUGCUUAGAGAAUGUCAAAGUACUGGCAGGCGAUUCUCGUGAUGCCAAUGGACGUGGACGCUUCUUUCCCUUUGUGCCCGAGCACCAUUUGAUACCAUCGCAUACGGACAAGAAGUUCUGGUACUGGCAAUACAUUUACUACAAAACAGAUGAGGGUCUGGAUUGCUGUUCGGACUACGCCAUAUCAUUUCACUAUGUCUCGCCCAAUCAAAUGUAUGUCCUGGACUAUUUGAUAUACCAUUUGCGACCAUAUGGUAUAGUUAAUAGGCCAGAUGUAUUGCCCAAUAAGCUGGCGGUGGGCGAACUGAUGCCAGCGCCCAAAGAGCCGAAGGUGAUCGAAUUGCCCAAGCCGUCGGAGGAAUCGAUGACCGAACCGGAAAAAGAAGCGCAAUGAUUCCAGCGCGUUGUUUUGCCAUGUAUAUAGAACUUGUGUAAAUAUCGUUCGAUCGACUUAGAUCUAACUCAGUUUAACAUACUUUGCCAUUUCCAUAUGUUGUCUCUUGUAUUAGCUGAAUUCGGUUUAUGAAAAAAAUGCUCUUGAGUUGUAUAAAACAAAAAAAAAAACAAAACAAAAAACAAAACAAAAAAAUGCAUAAUAAGAAUAAAACAAAACAAAAAAAAUAAUAAUAAAACAAAAAAAAAUAGCAAGAGCACUCAAAAGUGCUGUGACUUUAGUUUGUAAAGAAGUCUGCGCAAUUAUGGUUUAUAAUUAAUACUAAUAGAUUUAUAUUAGAUUUGUAUACUUAUACUAUAAGAUUUAUAUACAAAUAUAAUAUUAUAUAUAUAUUAUAUAGACACUCGAUUUGAUUAACUAUUCGUAAUGCAUAUGGCACAUAAUUACUUUCUAAGACAACGGUAAUCAAUCAUAUGCAUAUAUACUGGCCCAUAUAGUUAGCAAUAAUUUAAUAAAUUUUAUGACAUAAAUUAGUUGAUAAACUUAAAUAUAUGAAUAAUAUAUAAAUAUUUGUAUAUUUAUAUGUAUACAGACAUUACUUCUGACAAAAUGUA